AUGGUUGCGCAGUGGGAUACUGAAGAAGCACAAGAAAGGAGUCAAAUCUAUUCCAAUGCUCGUAUGUCAGACCGUAAUGGUCUCGGUCCACACUCGCAUUUAUCUGGGCCAACAUCGUAUCAACAAGUCAAACAAGGCUUGGAAGAGAAACUUGGGAGACCGGUGAGUCUUGGUGAGGUUUUCAAAGAGACACAUACAAGGCCAGAUGGUACGUAUGUCGAUCGAAAAGCCGAGAAGAUCUUCUCAACUUAUGAGAAAAACUUACAAGCUAAGAUAUCUGAGAUCGAGUCAGAUCCUUCACGAGCUCAGGAGCUCACAGCAGAAGAUUAUACGACCAUCUUUCUUCAGUCCACUGAGAAGGAUUCACGAGGUAAUCUUUUUGGACUUGGAAGCCUCAAGGAUCAUCUUCAGGAUCUUCUCAAUGGCAAGAGCUAUCAACGAGGAGAGUCGUCAUCGUUUGUAGCAUUACAAGAGCAAGUGAAGGAAGCUCAUCGUAUAAUUGAAGAACAAGCUGCUCGUGAAGCAGAACACUCCAAAGUUCAGGCUGCGCAACAGAAGAAGAUAGAGCACUUGGAAAAGUUCAUCCGUAAGAUGUGUCCGGCCUAUGUUGAAUUCCAAGAGUCUGAAUCAAGUGAUGCAUCCACCGCCACUCCAACACAACAACCUCCUUCUUAG